AUGUCGGCUUGGUCUCAGGGUGAUGUCAUCUCACAGGCCCACGAGUCGCAUGUUCAGAGCAGCCAUCGUCUAAGACAGCCGUCUUCUGAGAAGCGAGGGGAUCGUGAGGAUGUAUCCAUCAGUGACGCGGGCCCGGAACGACGACGCAGUGGCAGGUGGCGGGGUUACUUUCGCAGAGGUGGCAAGUUGAGGCCGUUCCGGUUGCUCAAGGAGGACUUUGGGAAUUUCAAGCUGCGGUACAUCUCGGACUGGACUGUGUUCAACCAGCUUGUGAUUGCGAGCGCCAUAUACGUCUUGUUCACCAACAUCUUGCCUGGUAUCACCUUCGCCAGCGACUUGUACGUUUUGACGGGGCAGUCGUGGGGCACGAUCGAGGUUGUUUUCAGUACGGGGCUUUGCGGAAUUAUCUUUGCCUUGUUUUCGGCUCAGCCAUUAACGAUCCUUGGUGUAACCGGACCAUUCUCAGUACUGGCAGAGAAUAUCUAUUCUCUGUGCGAGGAAUCGUUCAAGAUUCCCUUCCUGCCCUUCAUGGCGUGGUCGCUCAUUCACUCCGGCUGGAUGCAUUACCUCCUGGCCAUCUUCAACGCGCACGACUACACCAUGCAAUACGUCACAGACUUCAGCGCCGACAUUUUCUCCCUCCUUAAUAGCAUCAUCUACUUCCACAAGGCCGUCCUCGAGAUCCAACGUACAAAGGCCGUCGUCUCGAUGGCCGCCUUCCUGUACUCUAUCAUCGGCGCUGUGGGAACCUGCCUGCUUGCCAUCUUCCUCUCCACAGCCGUCUCGUGGAAGCCGUUGUUCCACAGAUACGUCCGCAUGGCCUUGACCGAGUACGCCGCCGCCAUCUCCAUUGUCUUUUUCAUUGGCAUGCCGUACGUCGGUGACCUGGCCGAACUCUCCCACUAUCGCCUCGAGGUCUCCAAGACGUUCAGGCCCUCGUUGCCGAGCCGGGAUCAUUUCUUUGUUGAGUUCUGGAAGCUCCCCAUAGAGUGGGUAUUCAUUUCAAUCAUCCCGGGCAUCAUCAUCACCGUCCUUUUUUACUUUGACCACGAGAUUAGCAGCAUCAUCUGCACGGCCAAGAGGUACGGAGUCCAGAAACCCGGGGGCUAUGCGUGGGAUGUCAUGCUUCUGGGCACGACAACCAUUAUGUGCGGCAUCCUUGGAAUUCCGCCAGCCAACGGGCUGCUGCCGCAGGCGCCGCUUCACUCCGAGUCUCUAAUGUACACGGUCUAUGAGGAUCCCCAGGCCACGGAUUCCGAACCCUGCGACGACCCUCCCGUGAAACCCGUCUUGCGGGUGUACGAGCAGCGGUACUCGCCCUUCAUCCAGGCGGCGGGGAUUUUGCUGUUCGUCUCGCCUCCGUUCCAACAUGUUUUGGGCUUCACACCGACAUCGGUCCUCGCGGGCUUGUUCAUGUUCAUGGGCUACCAGUCGCUAAGAGUGAAUCCGAUUCUCGCCAGGGUCUGGCACCUCCUCACACCAAUUUCGGAACUCCCUGCUCUGCCUCAAGGCGCUAGCUGGGCUGGGAUUCAUUUUUUCACCAUUACACAGAUAGUUCUCACAGGCAUUGUGUUUGGCGUCACCUUGACCGUGGCUGCUCCUGGGUUUCCUAUCAUCAUCAUCAUCUUGGUGCCGGUGCGGCUGUUCUUCAUGAACAGGAUUUGGAGCCGGCAGACGUUGCGGUACGUCGAUGGAUGGGCCACCAGAGAAGGCAAGCCGGAAGAUGAUGAGAAUGAUUGCCGCAAAGAGGGCGUUGUGACUUCGAAUGAUGCGAUCGGACAAGUCGUCGAUGAGGAACAAGGUGUCAAGACAGCAUAA